AUGAUGAUGAUGCACCGUGUGAUGUGUGUGUUGGCCGUUGUGCUGUGCUACGCCUGCGGGUAUACCAUGACGGCUGCUGAUACUACUGUUAAUGCUGGACAGCCAAAGGCGGUGACGGCGGUUUUUGAUGAUAUUUUUGCCAGUAUUCCUGAUGAUGGUGUUAAAGAGAUUGUGGAGGACCUUACACGUAAAAACCCUCCGGGUAAAGAUGAUAAUACGGUCUCUACUUCUGAAACUAGACCUGCACAAGGAGAGGCUGCCAGACCCCCUGAGGCUGCAGGACCUGCCCAAGAAACAGAUACUGAUGCGACUACAGAACAAAACCAAUCUCAAGGUUCUACUGCAGCAUCACCAGGAGAGCAGGGAUCAUCAGGCAACACAGCUGACAGCACCACCACUAACGAGAAUACAGGUGUCAAGCAACCAUCAACUGAAGGUACGACUGCUAAUAAUAGUAAUGGUGAAUAUCUUGUUGUUACCUUCGAACCAAUUACGCAAGCUACUUACGACAAGUACUGUAAGGAUCAUCCUAAUGCUGUUAUUAACGGAAAAAAUUGUUCGGAGUUGUUAAAAUAUCUGGAGGCAAAAGCCAAAUUACCACCAUCGCCUCCAAAGGAAAGUAAAGAUGCAGAAGGGCACUCUAAUGAAAGUGGGACUGGAAGUCACUCCGGUAUUGGAGGUGUUGCUGCAGGGAAUGGUGAACCGCAAGCAGCUGAAGUGGUGCAAGGAAGUACAGGAACAGAAGGGAACGCAAUUACAGCCACACCAGAAGGAAGU